ACAAUGUCAAACGAAGACAACCAUAUACCUCGUCGUCCUUCAUUCCCAACUCAACAACGUUUACGUCCUUUCACUCCAUCAACCCCUCCUGAUCAACCUCAACCACAGCGUAUCCCUUCCUCAUCCUCAAUCAGCGACAUGGCAAUCCCCUAUUCCCGCCCUCACACUCCUUCUCCCCACGCACCCGCCUACGGGUUCAUAGGACUGGGAAAUAUGGGGUACGAGAUGGCACUCAACCUUUCCCGUUCUUUGCCCCAAGGGCAGACGCUCACAGUGUACAACCGCACUCUGGCAAAAUCCGAGCGUCUCGCCGCAGCAGCGGGGGAGGGGAGGAUCUAUAUCGCCCAGAACGUGCAGGAAGUCGUCAACCGGUGUUAUGUAAUCCUCACCAGUCUGGGCACGGACAAGGCUGUGGAGGACACUUAUGACCUCUUGUUCGAAGCGCAUAAGGUGAAGGAGCACCAAGUCUCAGGGCAGAGAGUAAGGAGCACAAUCUUCAUCGAGACGAGUACCAUCUACCCAACCCUAGCAGCGAAACUCGACUCCCUCUGUGCCCAGAACCCCCACAGGCACUUCCUCAUGUGCCCCCUAUUCGGCCCCCCCGCAGCAGCCCAUUCCGCCCAGCUCAUCCUAGUCCUCGCCGGUCCCCGCAUAGCGAAGAAAGAAGUAGCCUACCAGCUCGUACCCGCCAUUGCGAGGAAGAUCAUCGACGUGGGCGAGAACGUGGAGCGCGCAGCGAGCUUCAAGUUGAUUGGCAAUGCGAUGGUCUUGGGCACGAUUGAGAUGCUUAGCGAGAGCAUGACUAUGGCUGAAAAAGCCGGGUUGGGAACGGAUGUUUUCUACUCCUUUAUAAAAGACAUGUUCCCCGCCCCUUCCUUCAUCGGGUACGGGCACAAACUCCUGCAUUCGGAAUUCGACGGUUCCAAAGGGUUCGCAAUCGAAGGCGGGCUCAAAGACGCAGGGCACAUCCGCCACCUAGUAGAGGAAAAGAACUGUCCUAUGCCGAUGGUCGACCUUGCCCAUCAGCAUAUGCUUACUGCCCGUGCCUGGGAUAGGGAGAGAAAGAGGCUUGGGGGGGAGAGGAAGUGGGAAGAGAUGGAUUGGAGUGCUAUGGUCAUCGCACUCCGGUUGGCGGGGGGGUUGGACCCGCUGGACCCUGCGGCGCAUACCCGCGCGGUCUUGGAGGAGUGAACGCGCAUGGACACAAUACGGUAAUGUACCGUGCUUGGAAAAGGGAGCGGGAUGGAAAGAUAAAGAGAAUCAACAAAUUGGAAAGCUGCUGUAGGUGGUAAGACGCGGAGAUGUUCAAAUGUAUGGUAUGGUCGUUGUUGUUGUAUGUUGUUCUUUGUUUUUUGCUGCUUGUUGGCUGUUGGCUGUUGGCCGUCGACGGGUGUGUCCACACCUCGCACCUCACCUCAGAUCCUUACACUCUUUGGUUUUGAUCCUUUUCCCCCUUGCGGGUGUUUAAUAAAUGAACAAGAACGAGAAUGAGAAUGAGAAUAUUAGUCGC